UGUUUUGUCACCAAAGAUGCAGUGUUAGGAAAUUUCCUCAAAGUCUAUAUUAAUCAUUAUUUAGAUGAAUUAGUAAAUAAACGAAGAGCAAGGGACUAACCAGACUUUAUUACAAAUACUUACUUUGAACCUUCCUUUUUUUUUCUUUUUUGGUAUUUAUACAAUAAUAAAUAAAUAAAAGAAUUGACUAAUGCUGCUCCUGAAACUUCCAUGCAUGAAUAUGUUAGCAGCAGCAGUCAGACUUAGUUUUCAUUGCUAUUACAUAUGACCGGUCAAUAAAUAAAACCGUCAGACCAAAAUUACUUUAUUUUAUAGCUUUGCUAGAGUAACUUCAUGUAAAUUAUUUCUUUUAAAUGAGAUAUAUAAUAAGGAUAACUUCUUUUUUUUCCCUUUCAUAAAGCCUUUUUAUUCUGCUUUGUAGAAUGUAUACAGCGGUUAUAUGUAGUUCUGGUUUUUUUUUUUCUUUUUUUUUAAAUAAAUUUUAUAUUUUAACGCUUUUAGAUUAAAUAAAGUUAAAAUAAGAUUUCUGAAACUUUCUUCUAGCUUGCGUUAUAUGUCUGACAGACUUUAAAUAUAUAUAUACAUUAAUUAAAAUAAAAUUAUAAAAGAAUAAGUAAAUAAAUUGAAGUUGAUGUUAAUUUUGCAUAUAUAUUUGAAAAUUAAAGAAAUUAUUAUUAGUGAAAUUAGAAUCCUAAUGUCAUUCGUGGAUGCUUGAAUGAACUCAAAAGGAAAAACCAGAAAAUAAAGUAACCUAUAUAUAAUAAAGGGUUUUCAAUGUCAAUGAUAAAGAAAUUGAUGAUUUGUCAGUUAACCAUCAGAUCAUUAGAUUUUAACGUAUAAGUAAAUCUAGAAGCAUAAAAACGACAUUUACAUGCUUGUAAAAUGUCCAAAUAAAAAGUCGAACCUGAUUAAGGUUGUAUCAUUGGGUACAAGAAACACGAUACAUGGCUAGCGUAAAACAAAGGAAAAAAAUUAAAAAUAAAGAAAAUUCAGGGUACCUUAUACUUGGAAGUUUAAAUUACUUGAUAGAAUGGACUAAAUCAAUCUUCAAUGAUUUUAUUGUAGUAUGCUAAUUAUAUACUUCGCAAUACUUUCUGAGAAUAUACUCUCACAAUCGUAUCUGUAUAUAUAUAUAUAUAUAUAUAUAUAUAUUAUCAUCGCUUUUGCCAACCCAACCCAAGCAACCUUACAAAUAGCAAUUAAUACAUUUAAAGCAUCAGCAUCGUCAACUAAUAUUUAGCUUUUAUUAGUUCUUGGAAAUGAAGCUCAUUGCAUCACCUGCACUUGUGUUUUUGAUUCUGUCUUUAGCUGCUACUUCGGUUCUCAAGUUCUCAUCACCUCUUUUCGUGUUUUCGUUGUUCAACACCAUAAUCUUAGCUAUUGUUGUUGGAAGUUAUAGGCCGUCUGAUGAUGAAGUCGACGGUAGCUGUUAUACUUUCCAGCCUUCAUAUGAAAAUAAAGAAUAUGCAUGUGAUGAUUUUAAGGAUGAAAGUGGUGAUGAUAAUGGUAGUAAUUAUGUGGAUGACGACGACGACGAUGAUCAUAGAAAGGAAGACUGGUUUUCUGAUGGCUACGACGAAGACGAUGACGAUAGUGGCAGUGAUGGUGAGAUUGGUUGGGAAGAUGAUGACAAUGAAGAAACCGAUGGUUCUUUUAGGAGAAGAAUUGAAGACUUCAUUGCCAAGGUUAACAAAGGGUGGAGGGAAGAAUGGUUAACGGAACAUAUUCGUUGUCAACAAUAGGAGCUUGGGUACAUGAUUUUGUUUGAAAAUUUACAAGUCUUUUUCCUCACGUGCAUGUAAAUUAAUGUCUAAAAUUGGUUUUUGUUUCUACAAAUUUUUAUAGGGAAUUCUCUUCCUUAAUUUCCCUUUUUUUUUGUUUGUUUGUUUAGGCAGGCACAUUGAUACGUUCAUAUUAGGCCCAAUCAAAUGUGACGAGCAUCAUGGCUACAUUAGUUACAAUAGUGCAAACUUUUUUCACAUACGUUAAUUCUUUUUUUUUCUUCUUUUUAUGUACUAUGAUGUUCAUGUUCAAUUGUUGAAAAUAAUAAAGGUGGAUUUUAACUGGAAAAAUUUG